AUGAAGGCUCUAAUGUUUUAUAUCUUUUUAUUCUAUUUAAUAGCAUUAGCAUCUUGCUAGUAAGAUGGAAAAGGAAAUCUUGUGUUGAUAAAUGAUGCUAAAAGUGCUAAAUGUUUAGAUGGGUCUCCUAUUGGCUUUUAUUUCUUCUAAGGUUUCGGAGAAGGUUAAGAUAAAUUCUUGAUUUACUUACAAGGCGGAGGACUUUGCUAAGGUGAAACCAAUGAGGAAUUACUAGAACAAUGUUAUUAAAGGUCAAAAACUACUUUGGGUUCCAGUAAAAAAUGGGCUAAAACAGCAUAAAAUUCUGGUAAUUUAAGUAAUAAUCAGUAAAGUAAUCCUGCGUUUUACAAUUGGAACAAAAUAUAUGUUUAAUAUUGUGAUGGAUACCUUUACUAAGGGAGUGCUUCUAUUCCCUAUAAAAAUACGACUUUGCACUUUAAGGGAUAUGAUAAUAUGGUGGAAAUAUUCAACUAUCUUAUCUAGAAUUAUAGCAUUUAAUCAUCAAAGAUGAUUGUUCUAUCAGGAGGAUCUGCAGGAGGUUUAGGUGCAUUCUAUUGGAAUUAAUACUUAAGAAAAAUUAUUAACUCUAACGUAAUAAUUAUUGCUGCACCUGAUUCUGGAUUCUUUGUAGAUAUCCCUGGAAAUGAUAAUUCUCAAAAAUAUAAAUAAAUAGAUUUACUAACUAAUGGUAAUAGGUCAAUAUUAUAGCCUGAAGGAUGCCCAUACCUUUAAUAAAAUGACUUAGUUUACAAAUGUAGCUAGCCUUAAUAUAUUAUUGAUUAAAUGCCUGUCCCUGUGUUCAUUAUUAACUCUCUUUAUGAUUCUUACACUUUAAAAUACAUACUCUAAAUUAAUUGUAUAACACCAACUUAUGGACUUUAGAACUGCAGCAACUAAGAUAUCUAGAAAGUUGAACUUUUAAGAAAUCUAACUUUUACCUAAUUACAAGAAAUCUAAACAAAAAAGCCUAAUUGGGGAAUAUGGGCUAUUUCUUGUUUAUAUCAUGUAUUUUCUGAAUCUAUCACCACUUAUAGUGGACCUAAAUAUGAAGUUCCCAUGAACUCCGAUUUCACUGUUUCACAUGUUCUAAAUCAGUUUAUUCAACAAUAGUUAAGUGGAUAAUCUUAAAAUAAUUUCUAUAUUGACUAAGUAGUUUAUCCUAACAAUUAAAACUGCAAUGGUCUUAGUAGUUUUUAUAAUAAAUAUAUUUAUAAUUAACAAAUAUGA